AUGACUGUCCCAUCUCCACGACGCGUCGCGUGCCUGGCGCUAGGCGUAUUAGGCGUCGGCAUAGGCAACUUGGCAAGCCUCGUGGACGCCACGGCCAGUGCCUCAACAGCAGCCCAAUGUCCGGACUAUAAUCAGUAUGCGCAGCAACCGCACGCGCCAUACUCGGAGGGCCCUCUGAAGCUGCCUUUCAUGAGACCGAGUGAAGAGUGUCGCACAUUCAACAGCCCGGCCGUUGAGAAAGUCAUCGAGGACAUGAAGGCACGUCUCAAAGACCCGGAUCUGGCGCGUCUUUUCGAAAAUACAUUUCCUUCCACUCUCGACACCACCGUCAAGUACUUUGACCCGGCCCUGAACCUAGCAUUCAUCAUUACCGGUGAUAUCACCGCUCAGUGGCUGCGCGACACUGGAAACCAGUUUGCCCAUCUCUACAAACUCCUCCCUUACGACCAAAACUUGAAAAGUCUCGUCAAGGCCGUAAUCAACACGGAAGCUCGAUACAUUUACCAAUUCCCUUAUUGUGGUGCCUUCCAGCCGCCGCCGGAGAGCGGCCUACCACCAAGUCACAAUGAUUAUGCCGACAAUGUUCGCGUCAACCCUCCGGUUGACAAUCAGACCGUGUUUGAGUGCAAAUAUGAACUGGAUUCACUGGCAGGGAAGAAGGCCAUGCAGACGAUCCUGGAGCUCCUCCGCGACCAGUCCCAGGGCUCCUGGUCCGACGACUGGACCUUUGUCAGCUACUACAACUGGACCGGCACCGCGGGCUCGCUGUCUCCCCCGGUGCCCAACGGCGGCAACGGCGAGCCGCGGCGCGCCAACGGCCUGGUCGCCUCGAGCCACCGCCCGUCCGACGACCUCUGCGUCUUCAACUUCAUCACCUCGGACAACGCCAUGGUCGCCGUGGAGCUCGCCCGCGUGGCCGACGUGCUGGAGGCGAUCGGCGGCGACGACGGCGGAAAGAUGGCGGUGCACGCGCGGCGCUUCUCCGGCAUCAUAGAAAAGGCCGUCUGGGACAACACGCGCGUCGGGGGAGGCAUCUUCGCGUACGAGACGAAUGGGUAUGGUGGUGCGUAUAUCAUGGACGACGCCAACGUGCCGAGUCUGCUGUCGCUGCCAUAUCUCGGGUUCCUCGCGCGGAACGACUCAACGUUCGUGAAGACCAAGGAUGCGAUGCUGUCGCGCAUGAACCCGUACUAUGCCGAGGGCCGGAAGUUCAAAGGGGUCGGAGGCCCUCACGUCAACGCCACGUAUCCGUGGCCCAUGUCGCAGGUGUCGGCCAUCUACGGCACGGACGAUGACGACGAGAUUGCUGAGCGUCUGGCGCUGAUCAUGGGGAGCACGUCCGGUCUCGGUCUGAUUCACGAGAGCGUGCACAUCUACAACGCGAGCGACUACACACGCCCGUGGUUCGCCUGGGCCAACAGCUACUUUGCCGAGAUGGUGCUCGACUUGGCGCAGCGCAAGCCAGGCCUAAUCCUUGAAAAGAACGAGCCGUAUGUGAUUGGACAGUAG